UCAAGGCGAUGAGUUUAGUCGUUCACAAAAGUAAGUGAUGUGAAGUCACAAGGCUGUAAAAAUAUGCAGACAUAGACGGCUUGGCUUGUAGUCCUUUUUAGCCAGCAGAGCCACGGGAGACUGUACUUAGAUUACUUUUUAGUUCUUAAAGAAGCAACCCAAUUUUUUCAAUGUAGUAAUUUAAUAUGAUUUUGUGAGGGCAUAUAUACAUAUCAUAUUUAUUUAAGCUUUCUGGCACUAUUGACAUGAUGCAGCUCUUUAUAUUUGUGGCUGCGUUUCUCUUUGCGCACGAAAUCAUCGAAGCCGUUCGCUCUGACAAGUGCGCCUCCCGGUGCGAUGUGAGCUCGUGCCCGAGCCCCAGCUGUCCCGGUGGCUACGUUCCGGACAGAUGUAACUGCUGCCUGGUGUGUUCCCCGCGUGAAGGAGACCCCUGCGGCCGCAAAGACGACCUGCCCUGCGGGGAUGGAUUGGAGUGCAAAUUAUUCGCUGCAGGGAAGCGGCGAGGCUCCAAAGGGGCCUGCCGGUGCAAGAUGGACCAUGAGUGUGGGAGCGACGGGAAAACGUAUGGAAAUGUGUGUAAGAUGAGAGCAGCCAGUCGGAAAACUCUACUCAAGGGGAGACCCGCGGUCAGCCAAGCGCACAAAGGACCCUGUUCACUUAUAGGUCGUACCCUGAUUCGUCUCAGCAGCCCUCGAUACAAGUUCAACUUCAUUGCUGAUGUCGUGGAGAAAAUAGCCCCUGCUGUCGUCCACAUUGAGCUGUUCUUAAGGCAUCCUCUGUUAGGUCGCCACAUGCGGCUCUCCAGUGGCUCUGGGUUCAUCGUGUCCCACUCAGGUGUGAUUGUGACCAACGCUCAUGUGGUAACCACAGCUGCCUUGGUGACAGGCAGGCCACAGCUGCGUGUUCAGCUCCACGACGGAGAUGCAUAUGAAGCCGUGGUGAAAGACAUAGACAGGAAGGCAGACAUUGCUACAAUCGAGGUCAAUCCACAGAAGAAACUUCGCGUGCUAUCUCUGGGCAGUUCGGCUGAUCUGAGGCCAGGAGAGUUUGUGGUUGCCAUCGGCAGCCCUUUUGCCCUGCAGAACACCGUCACCACCGGCAUCGUCAGCACAGCACAAAGAGAUGGCAAAGAGCUGGGCAUAAAGGACUCAGACAUGGACUACAUCCAAACUGAUGCUAUUAUUAACUACGGCAAUUCGGGAGGACCUCUUGUUAACUUGGAUGGCGAGGUGAUUGGAAUCAACACUCUUAAAGUGACAGCAGGAAUUUCCUUCGCUAUACCGGCAGACCGCAUCAGCCGCUUCCUCUCAGAGUCACAGAUUAAACACAAGAAAGAUGAAAAGAGACAGCAGAAAAGAAAAAUGGACAAACCACAGUCUGAUGCAGACGUGUCCCAAGUUAAGAGAUAUUUUUUAGGCAUCUGGAUGGUCACCAUCACCAAAGCUCUUGUAGAAGAGUUGCGACUUCAUAACCCAGACUUCCCCGACAUCAGUAGUGGAGUUUUGGUGCGGCAGGUCAUACCUAACACUCCAGCAGAAAAAGGAGGGAUUAGGGAAGGUGACGUUAUAGUGAAGUUGAAUGCAAAGCCAGUCAGGACCACUGAAGACAUCCAUGAGGUGUUGCAGAGCGACCAGCCACUCCUGCUUGAGAUUCGCAGAGGGAACGAUGACUUACUCUUCAAUAUCCACCCACAGCUUUUGGUACAUUGAAAACUGGGAGAACUGAUAUCUUUUAGUUGUGAACAGGCAGGACUCAAUAUGUCCGGUACUGAUUUCUUAUUAAAACAAGAGAACGGAAAAGAGCAGUUCCUUUCCCAACUAGCCUGAUGAUGUAUACUUUGGUAGAGUUUGAAAUACUGUAGUUUAACACCGACUUCAAAAUACAGCUCAGUAGAAUCCAUUGCACUGUAUAUUUAAGGCGCUUUAGAAUAAAAGCUUCCAA